UGCACCCCCUCUGGAACGCCCUGCAGAAGGCCAACCCCCAGGAAACGCCCGCCAUCAUGGUUGAGAAGAUCUACGUCACAUAUAACCAGGUGCACAAGCUGUGCCAGAACUCGGCGGAGCAGAUCCUGAAUGAGUUCAAUCCGCAGCUGAUGGUGGCUAUUGGGGGUGGCGGGUAUGUGCCGGCGCGGAUUCUACGCUCCUUCCUCAAGAAGCCCAACCACCCCAACAUCCCCAUCCAAGCCAUCGGCCUCUCGCUCUACGAAUCCCUCGGCACCGACCCCGUCGAGGCGCCUGGCACGCGCGUAACCCGCACCCAAUGGCUCGAUCUGUCCUCGCUCGAAAUGGCCAACCUCAUCGGCAAGAACGUGCUCAUUGUCGAUGAGGUGGACGACACCAGGACCACUCUCGAAUACGCCGUCCGCGAGCUGGAAAAGGACGUGCUGGAGGCGCAGAAGCACGCGGGCAGGAUGGACGAGAAGACGACGUUUAACAUCUUCGUGCUGCACAACAAGGACAAGAAGAAGAAGGGCGGCCUGCCGCAGGUGAUUGCCGACGGCAGGUAUCUUGCGGCGCAGACCGUGGGCGAUGUGUGGAUCUGCUAUCCGUGGGAGGCGAUCGAUAUUGAGGAGCAUGACCGGCUGAGUAGGCUGCAGGAGGAGCAGAAGAAGUAAUAUCACUUGCGGGGAGCAAUGGGUGUAGAAUCACUUCAACAAUAGAGAGUCAAGAGCCUCAGAGAGUAGUCCGCGUGGAACUUCCGCAGCCGUGUGUUCAUUAUGGACGUGGCUAUCCAAUCUCUUACCGAGACCUCGGAGAUUCGCCUAGCUAAAUGUAGCAGGCAGUGUCUCGCCGUCAUUCAAGUUCCCGAUCCCAAACGCCAUAAACAUAAAUACAUGAGUGGGCUAAUGGUAGCCUGAUAUGUGCAACCAUCCCGGAAAGCCAAGAAGCUGUCGUGCUUCACCGACCUAGAGGAACCAUGCAGCGACCAUGAAGCUGAGCAC